UACCAGUCACACCUCUCACCCGCCCUUUCCAUUAUAUUUCCUUACAUAACACACAACUUCUCUUCUCUUCACUUUCUCAACGCCUCUGUCUCUUUCUCAUCCUCUCUCUCAAGUUUCCAGCGUCCAAUUCGUACAACGCUGGAUCACUCUCGACCCUCCGAUGCACUGACUUUCACUCCCACCGUCUGAUCACCAUGGGCCAGUGCUACGGCAAAACCAAUCCCUCACCGGAAAAUCACACCACCACCACAACCACCAUAGUUCCCACCUCCACCACCGCCGCCGGGAAUUUCACGCCGGCGCGGUCUUCCUCCGCCGCAAGCCCGUACCCGUACGGUGGUGGUGUGACGCCGUCGCCGGCGAGAGGCACGCCGAGGAGGUUUUUCCUCCGACGGCCGUUUCCGCCGCCUUCGCCGGCGAAGCAUAUCAGGGCGUCGUUGGCGAAGCGGUUGGGACACGCGAAGCAGCCGAAGGAGGGGACGAUACCGGAGGAGGAGGGUGUGGUGGAGGAGGUGCUGGAUAAGAGCUUUGGGUAUAGCAAGAAUAUUGGUGCUAAGUAUGAGCUUGGGAAGGAAGUGGGGAGAGGGCAUUUUGGUCAUACUUGCUAUGCUAAGGGUAAGAAGGGUGACCUCAAAGACCAACCUGUAGCUGUUAAGAUUAUUUCCAAGGCUAAGAUGACCACAGCAACAGCAAUUGAAGACAUUCGCCGAGAGGUGAAGAUAUUAAAAGCUCUAUCUGGCCAUAAGCAUCUCAUCAAAUUUCAUGAUGCUUUUGAGGAUGCCAACAAUGUAUACAUAGUUAUGGAAUUGUGUGAAGGUGGGGAGCUUCUUGACAGAAUUUUAUCAAGGGGAGGAAAGUAUACGGAGGAGGAUGCCAAGGUUAUAGUUUUGCAGAUUCUAAGUGUAGUUGCAUUUUGUCAUCUUCAAGGCGUUGUCCACCGUGACCUGAAGCCUGAGAAUUUCCUCUUCACUUCAAGAAGUGAGGAUGCUGAAAUGAAGCUUAUUGAUUUUGGUCUGUCUGACUUCAUCCGGCCAGACGAACGAAUGAAUGACAUUGUUGGGAGUGCAUAUUAUGUGGCACCUGAGGUCCUUCACAGGUCAUAUAGUCUGGAAGCAGAUAUAUGGAGUAUUGGUGUUAUUAGCUUUAUCUUGUUAUGUGGAAGCCGACCUUUCUGGGCACGGACAGAAUCUGGAAUUUUCCGUGCAGUGCUUAGAGCUGACCUAAACUUUGAUGAUUUACCUUGGCCUUCUGCCUCUGCAGAGGCCAAGGACUUUGUGAAAAGGCUCCUACACAAGGACUACAGGAAAAGAAUGUCUGCUGUCCAAGCUCUAAAUCAUCCUUGGUUGAGGGAUGACAGCCGCCCCAUCCCUUUAGAUAUAUUAGUUUAUAAACUAGUGAAGGCUUAUAUUCAUGCGACACCAUUCAAACGUGCAGCAGUGAAGGCCCUUUCAAAAGCCUUGACAGAGGAUGAAUUGCCCUAUCUUAGGGCACAAUUCAGUUUGUUGGAACCAAAUAGAGAAGGGCACAUCUCCCUUGACAAUUUCAAAAUGGCUCUUGUACGGCAUGCAACUGAUGCCAUGAGGGAGUCAAGGGUUCUUGAUAUCAUACAAACGAUGGAACCACUUGCCUAUAGAAAGUUGGACUUUGAAGAAUUUUGUGCAGCUGCAAUUAGCACUUAUCAAUUGGAGGCACUUGAUAGGUGGGAAGAUAUUGCCUCCACUGCUUUUGAACAUUUUGAGAGAGAGGGCAACCGUCUUAUAUCGGUUGAAGAAUUAGCAAGAGAGUUGAAUCUUGGUCCCCCAGCUUACUCAGUUAUCAAAGAUUGGAUAAGAAAUACUGAUGGAAAGCUUAGUUUACUUGGAUAUACAAAAUUUUUACAUGGUGUGACUCCCCGUAGUUCAAAUACGAGAUACCGUUGAGCCCUUUGACUAUAGUUUCAGGAUGUGGAAAUAUAGAGAUAUAGAGAAUUUUAUGGAAUUUUUUUCUUUAUUUAUUGGUGGGGAAAGAAGAAUGUGUAUAACUGAAUGGCUUAGGAAGUCCAUACAGGGAAUGUUGAGUCAAUUGUAUGUAAAUCCUUGUUCCAAAGUAAUAAUAUGAUGUUUCUAUGGGUUUGUUCCCAUGAUUA